AAACUGAGGUAGCAGACUUUGUGAAAACUCAUUUCUGUGUCAUUCUCAAAACUUUUGGCCACGACUGUAUGAUUGAAACAGAGUACAAGGCUGGGAUGGGGAUUGAAACCAUAACUCGCAUACAAACAAGACAAUUAACACCAUCUCCUGGCCACUAAGUGAUACUGCACACACCGUAUGUUGAUUGGCAAUCCACCCCUUUUCCAGCCUUAAAAUAAAUAUAAGUAAAUUCAAAAAUCGUAUCUUUAUGUAUUCAUAUGAUAUGUGUGUGCUCGCCCCUGUCCCUGCAUAUGGUAAGUGUCCUUCCCCAGAGUCCUUUUCCUGCCCUCUGUGUGGAGACGGUUGUAAUGAGAGUCAUGCGGGCCAUCUGUCUGUGGCAAGAAAAGGCCUAGUUUAUUCCCUCAGACCAGCUCUAUGGGUUGAGAUAGGGCUGUGUCUGUCUUGGGAGCCCAGCCCCUCAGGUUUCUUAGUUGCCAAGGGAGGAGGGUAAUGUCCACUGCACAACCCCAGGACACUGCUACUGUGCAGGGAGGGAAAUGAACACCACUCCUACGGACAUCCAGAUGUUGUGGAGCUAAAUGUUCAUCAACUCAUCAAUGUUUGUGUCCCUUCUUAUGCAGUGGUAAGCACUUCUUGGUCUUUGGCUGGUUUUUAUGUAUUCGUUUUUGGACUGAGUGUUUCUAUUGAAUAUGUUUGACAUGAUUACUGAUUUAUUACCAUGUUAUUGUUUCCUGUUGAUUUAUUCUAAUCGUAGGUAAGGUAUUUGUGUUGAUUUGGUGAGUUUGAACUGUACUUUACUUCAUGAGUGAUAAGAAAAUGGAUGAUUGGCUUUUAACAAAAAAAUGACCAAAACAAAAAAAAAUCAUUAAUCAGUAAUGCCUGCCUUUAUUUUGAGUGUGUGUGCUUGAUGGACUGUUUACCCUUACAUCUACUGUAAACAUCUGAAAGACAACCACCUUUAUGACAGGACACAAAGACAGUGUGUGUGCUUGAUGGACUGUUUACCCUUACAUCUACUGUAAACAUCUGAAAGACAACCACCUUUAUGGCAGGACACAAAGACAGUGUGUGUGCUUGAUGGACUGUUUACCCUUACAUCUACUGUAAACAUCUGAAAGACAACCACCUUUAUGACAGGACACAAAGACAGUGUGUGUGCUUGAUGGACUGUUUACCCUUACAUCUACUGUAAACAUCUGAAAGACAACCACCUUUAUGACAGGACACAAAGACAGUGUGUGUGCUUGAUGGACUGUUUACCCUUACAUCUACUGUAAACAUCUGAAAGACAACCACCUUUAUGACAGGACACAAAGACAGUGUGUGUGCUUGAUGGACUGUUUACCCUUACAUCUACUGUAAACAUCUGAAAGACAACCACCUUUAUGACAGGACACAAAGACAGUGUGUGUGCUUGAUGGACUGUUUACCCUUACAUCUACUGUAAACAUCUGAAAGACAACCACCUUUAUGACAGGACACAAAGACAGUGUGUGUGCUUGAUGGACUGUUUACCCUUACAUCUACUGUAAACAUCUGAAAGACAACCACCUUUAUGACAGGACACAAAGACAGUGUGUGUGCUUGAUGGACUGUUUACCCUUACAUCUACUGUAAACAUCUGAAAGACAACCACCUUUAUGACAGGACACAAAGACAGUGUGUGUGCUUGAUGGACUGUUUACCCUUACAUCUACUGUAAACAUCUGAAAGACAACCACCUUUAUGGCAGGACACAAAGACAGUGGGAAGAGACAGCCACAUUCCCUUAGCUGAUUAGAUUUAACAGGCAACAAACCCAGUGUGUGUUCUCUUGAGAGUAGUGAGAGACGCAAGGAGCUCUGCCAGCCACUUGUAAACACUGUUACUCUACUAACCCAACUCAUAAACCCUAUCUCUAACUAAAGUCAUACCCUCCGACAUACCCUACCAACACCAACUCCUCACGAUUACACACACUGACCAGAAUCUUACACUACCUACCAAUUUUUUUUAACCUGACACUAUGUAUGGCCUGUUUGUAUGUCUUUCUGCAAACUUCUAGUGGUUGACCUCUCCCCCAUUGCACAAAUGUGCUUCCUAGUAGUAUAGCGUGAAAUUAUAAUUAGAGUCACAUUUGGGAUAACACAUGGGUUGUCUCUUCUUUUACCUCACACUUGAGGUCACCAAGCAUGCAAACACCAACACACAGAGAGAGAGAAAGAGAGAGCAUGAAAUUAUAAUAAGAGUCUCCCCUCUCUUGUACACUGCUGCUAUUCGCUGUUUGUUAGUUACCUAUGCAUAGUCAUAGUCUUCGCCCCCACCUACAUGUGCAGAUUACCUCAACUAGCCUGUACCCCUGCACACUGACUCGGUACCGGUGCCCCCUGUAUAUAGCCUCGUUAUUCUUAUUGUGUUACUUUUUAUUAUUACUUUUUAUUUUAGCCUACUUGGUAAAUAUUUUCUUCUUCUUGAACUGCACUCUUGGUUAAGGGCUUGUAAGUAAGCAUUUCAUGGUAAAGUCUACACUUGUUGUAUUCAGGGCAUGUCUCAAAUAAAGUUUGAUUUGAUUUGGUCUCUUCAUUGACUUCACACUCUUGAUGUCAAUUGAUGUCACCAAGCACGUGCACACACAUACACACACUUCGUUACUCUCACUCACUAUUUCUUUCUCUAUUGACAGUGACAGGGCCUAACUCUGAAAGUAAGAGGGGUCUGGGGCGUACCUUGGAGAGCUCCAUCCAUGAGCUCUGAACACCAUGACCUUUCAGAAGUCUUCGUCGACCUCUAGCAUAUUCCACAUGCUCAUAUUAUGGUUUGUCAUUGUCCUGUUUUGCACUGAUGGUUUGACAGCUGGAAUGGGGACGACACCUAACCUGAAACACAUUGUGAUUGGUCGAUGUUACAGCUACAUAACACUAGUUUGGCCUAAUUCCAGCUAUGACUGUGAGGAGAUCUGGAGGGAGUUUGAGGAGGCUGUAAUGAGGAAGUCUCGCUGUAAUGUGAAGGUUAAGGACUACAAAAGGAUGUUCCAUGCCACACCACAGACUCUGACAUGUGGUAAGUUGCUGUUCUGGAGUAAGACCAGGGAGCUGAUACACAGCUAUGCAGCUGUAACACGUCGUUUCUGGACCCUGGAGGACACGCUGGUGGGAUACAUGUUCAAUGACCUCAUCUGGUGCGGACAGGAAGAGAAAGACAGAGGCUUUGAUUUCAACUCUUGCCCAGACUGGUCAACGUGUGUUCACCAUCCUGUCUAUUCCUUGUGGAGACAAGCCUCACAAAACUUUGCUGCAGCGGCAUGUGGCAACAUCACAGUGCUGCUCAAUGGAUCCAUAGAGAAUGCUUUCAACAGGAAAAGCAUGUUUGGGGGUGUAGAGCUGGACAGCCUGAAUCCCAGAAUGGUGGAUCAUGUCAACAUCAAGGUGGUGGCCAACCUGGAGGGACCCUUCAUAGAAUCCUGCACUCAGGGUUCCAUUGUGGAUUUGAUCAAUGUCCUACAGACCAGAGGGUUCCGCUGGACCUGCACAGACAGUGACCUAACUCUGAUGAUCCUCCAGUGCAUCCAGAACCCUCAACAGUUCUCCUGCCUGCCCUGUGCUAACAGCCUACUGCACAGACAGAGGCCACAUCUAUAGAUGGGUUACAUCCACCCUAAAAAUAUUACCCCCAUAGUAGGCUGUCACUUUUCAGUGCAUUAUACUCUAUCCAAGUUGUCUUUAGAUAUACACACAUUUUGCUGUUUGUUUACUAUGUCUGUUGAUUUUAACUGAAAUAAAGACAGAUUCAUUAUAUUUAUGUGAUAAUGACAUUGUC